GAGGCAAAUUAAUCGAUUAUUAUGCAAAGCACACGUUCGUUCUUCUCUCCGUCUUCUUAUUUUCUUUUCUUUUUUUUUUUUUUUCUUUCUUUGUUAAACUAAAAGACGAGGCGGCUGAUAAUUUUGGGCUUUUACUUUCAUGCAGAUAUAUACAUAUAAUAAAGUAUUGAUAACACGUAUACAAUUAUAUGUCAUGCACCUUCGAUGAUGUCAGCAUAAAUGUUUUUGCUAUUUCUUUUGUUGACUUUUUAUCGUACGCAACAAUUUAAUGAGACCAAUUAUUAUUCAUUAGACGUAAUAUUUGAGUAUAUGAAGAUUAUUAUAUGGGACACCAUUGGUUCACUGAUCCGAAAGAAAAAUAUGUUUAUCGAAAAAUUUUUCUCGAGGUCUUUAAGUUUUGGCUCAAGGUCUAAAUAUUUUUUUUUAUAUUUAUGAUACCUUGUAAAUUCUCUUUUAAUUAGCUUUUAAAUUAGCUGCUAUUAUGUAAAUAGAUCAUUUAUAUAAUGUUCCCUCUCUUUGCUGAGAUAUUAUAAAUGGGCAUAUAAUGACUUUUAAAAAUGGUGACGUGACAUUUGCCUAAAUUUAAUAUCCGGUAUAUAUACGGAUAACAUUACGCUAUCACUAUUAUAUAUGACUGAUCAAAGAAUUGGGGCGUAGUCUUGAUAGGUUUUUUCAUCAACACACCCCCAAAAAUAUACAUCAUUAUGAUUAACGUCUCUCGUUAUGUUCCUAUUGUCAUUUUAAUAAGCUCGUUUUUAUCUUAUGUAAGAACAAGGAACUGGGAGCUUGAUUCUAUAUUUCUACGCUAUUACGAUAACACGCUUGAGGAUUAUGUCGACGAGAAAUUGAAUAAUGCUUCGUUUCUCGUUUCGAGAAUGGACAAAAAUAAACCAACAGUAUUCUACAUCCAUGGGUUUAUGGAGGACGUUGAGAAAGAGAGCGUAACUACGGUAGUAUGCGCAUAUUUACAACGUAAAGACCAUAACAUCCUAAUUGUCGACUAUAGAAACAUCAGUAAAUUGCAGUAUGUAGAAGUGGUUUUGGCCGCUAAAUUUGUGGGAUAUGCUUUAGCUUUAGCUUUGAACAAGAUGGUUUUGGCUGGACUAAAUUCAGAAAAGCUUCAUAUUGUUAGUCACUCUUUGGGUAGCCAAAUAGCCGGACAUAUUGGGAAAUCGACAAGUUUCAAGAUACCGAGAAUCACAGGAUUGGAUCCUGCAGGUCCUAUAUUCAAUUUUCUCGAGUCUCAUCUUUCUUCGACAGAUGCACAAUUCGUCGAUAUUAUUCACACGGAUUAUGGAUUUUAUGGGAUAUCUAGAACUACGGGAAUUGUGGAUUUCUUUCCGAAUGGUGGACAUCGUUUACAGCCAGGAUGUUCGUUAGGUUCACCUUUCUUAAGUGUCGAAGAUUUUUGCAGUCACCAUCGAUCAUGGAAAUAUUAUGCCGAAUCAUUAAUCAAUGAGAAUUCUUUCAUGGCGGUAAAAUGUUCUUUAUAUCGUGAAUUUCUCGCUGGGAAGUGUAACGAAAACCUUAAAGUUCCAAUGGGCUUUGCAACUUCAACUAACGCUAAAGGAACAUUUUAUCUUACGAUUAAUACAGACGAUCUAUUUGGAUUAAAAGCACUUGAAGGGUGUAUGAAUUUAAUUAAAAAUCAAGCUACUAAAGAUUCUUAUUCGACUCUUUAGCAUUACUAUACAUACACACACACACACACAUAUAUAUAAGGACACAUCUAAGCAUAUAAGGACACAUCAAUUAUAAUAUAAAAAGUAGAAAUACCGAAUUGCUAUAUUUUUUAAUAAAAAUCUCUAAUG